UUCUUUUGAAGGGAUCCUCCGCACGAGGCUGUCAAGUUUUCCCCAGAACACGCGCUUGCUGUCGGCGGUUGAAGGUUCGGUUGGAGCAUACGCGGCUACGAACUUGACCGCUCCACGGUGACCUGGCAACAGAAACCUCAUGGUCAUAAGGCGUUCGGCGAUAAGCUCCGUAGUGAACGUGGAUGUCUUGCACACCUACGCGCCGCCCGACCCCUCCCUUUCCUCCAUCUUCCCCUCUUNNNGUAGCUGUCUUGUGUGUCUCAUAUAUGUUAUGUUGGGAAGGUGCAGACGAGAGGUGUUGGGUACUGUUGGUUAGUCGGGCGUUUUGUGUGUGGCACCCUGUUAGUUGUAGGACAUACAGUCUCCAUCAGUUUACAUAGGUAUUUUCAGUUUGGUAUGCAUAUGUGCGGAGUAUGUGCGGCUGAUUCCAUCUCUAUCAUAGAAAAGAGUCAGAGACAGAUUAACAACUUUUUUUGUUUUCUCGCUAUUUUCUUGCGAACACUCGGACUACGCGAUAGUUACCCCGUUUUCUUGCCUUGUUUCCCAUCGAGUUGUCCAUUCCAUGAAGUUACCAUUGGACAAGUCAGCGCUGACUAGUCUAAUGGUGUAACUUCAUGGAAUAAUAGGUGUAACUUUAUCGAAUAUUGUCUUCCUGUCCCGCACCAGUAGACUAGUUGUUGUUGUUGUUUCUCACAUUAGCUCCAUUGUCCACAAGAAAUGGGGAGCCCGUGGUCCCAAAACCCGGCACAUACUACGCCGCGGGGAAACAAAACAAACAUAGGGUACAAACCACUCGGAAAAAGGAAAAAACGAUAGAAAGAAAAGAACAGCUAUGCAUACCUCACCGACCGUUCGACAAAAGAGCCCUCGGAAACCGAUCCAAAUAAAACACAAACAAAAAUAAAGGAUGACGCUUCCCACACCCGCCGAAAGAAAAAAUCAAAGGGUAACGUACCAGCACCAGGCACUACGCACCAGGGCAUGGGAGUAACUGAGCAAACAGGACAAAGAGGCGGCAGAUGGGCUCACAGCCAGACGUACAAAAACAAAAGCAACAGCAAAUGCGAGAUCAAGGUACCCAACACAGCAGAGUUGUUGUUGUCUUCAGGAGGUCAUGAAAAAAGAAACACAGUACAGAGGCCGAAGGCAAUAAAAAGGACAUACAUGGAGGAGUAUAGCAUACAGCAGGGAGGGAAACAGGGCGCAACAACAUCAGCCGGGUACAUCGUUCGCCACAAGUGCUGCCUCGGCCGCCCUACUCGCUUCUACAG